AUGGCCAUCCAGAAGAGGAAAGAUGUCAGCUUCCCUCAUGCCAAGCAUCAUAGUCACCGCAAGGACUGGAAUCGGACUUGGUUUUAUUGCCGAGACACGUCUCCAAUUGAUGAAAAUCCACUGCCAGAAGCUGAAGUUACUGAAGCUGUCAAGAAAAUAUUGAAUGAACCGGAGGCUGUCUGCAGCAAGACAGGGCUAAGUCCUUUCUGCGCUUCCAAUAAACCGCCAACUGGUGAUGAUCCGUUCUGGAAGAAGAAACCACAGGAUAAACCUGCAAAGACACCUCGCCCCAAGACUAAGGGAACUCCUCAUUCAUUGUCUGGCGAGUCAACAGCCACACAACUCCCUCCUCUCAAGACUGUUCCUGGUGCCAAAGCCAGACCCAGAAAGAAGGCCAAAGUAGAUAAACCGUCUGAUGAUAACCCGGCCACUGAACCGGAGAGGACCCCAGAACCACUGGGCCCAAAUGCUGAUGCUAUCUUGGACGAUCCGGUACCUCCAGUUCAGGAUACUUUUGUUGAGCCAGUGGAGACAGAUCCGAUAAUUCAUGCUGCUGAUCCGCCAAGCCCAGCAAAAACAGCUGAUAAACCAUCGAGUCCGGUGAAAGCUGCUAAUGAUAAUACAGACGAUAUUAUGAUUCCUGGCAUCGGCCACACCACCCCUGGCAAUCCUGUCGCUUUAUCAAAGCAUAGUGCUAAGGAAGAACUUUCUGCUAUGGGCAAGGGCAAGUGA